CUCUGCUGCAAAACAUGACACUUGUCUUCAUUCUGCUGCCAGAAUAAACACUUGACUUUUUUUUUUACCCUGUGUCGCAAGCAUGGUCCUCAACACUGUUUCAGUGUCCUGGAGUGGAAGAUACAUGUUCCACUUCUGCUGGCAUGAAAGGUGAUGAACAUGUGCAUACUUGAGAGUUACUGUAUUGUCUACCAAAGUCCUUUUAAAAAUGGUUUGAAUAUACCAUGAGCAAUGCAUGUUACAGUUCUGAUAAUUCAGUUUUGUUAUUAAUCAGAUAUCUUGGGUCUACUACUUCUGCUCCUUUACAGUCAUCACUGAACUUUGAGAGACAUUCUGAAAACUUUUUGUGGACAGAGAAUCGUUAUGAAGUAAAUCAGAGAAGACACAACUCCUCAGAUGGGCUUGAUUUUAACGUUGGACGACGUUAUGGAGGGCAUUUUGGAAGAAAAGAGAAGAAUGGUUGGCGUUCACAAAGCAGAAAUGGUACAGAAAAUAUAAACUAUUGUGGGGGAUACCAUGGCGGAGCUUCCUAUGCUCAUACCAGCACUUCCCACUGUGGAAAAAGCCAAGGACUGCAUGAAAACAAUGUACCUGAUAAUGAAACUGGGAAAAAGGAAGACAAGGAAGUACCUAACCAGUUUGAGGCUGAGGAUUUUGUAAGUUAAUUGUAAUUAUAAUAAACAAGAUUCUGUUGUUUCUGCAAGUUCCAUUUUGUCCAUUACAAGCUACAUCAUGAAACUUCACCAGUUAUAGGUUAUUAUGUAAGGGAUCACCCUUCACAUAGGUAAGGGGGUGUUAAUCAUUUGUCCACGCACUUGUUUCUCUGUUCAUCUCCAUUUUUAUCAUUGUAUAUUUAUUAUUGUCACUUAAAUGUUUAAGUGAAACUACAGUUGGGUUCUAAGUU